CGACGGCCCAUCCAUGUGCUCGUUCAUUGGGCUAAAUCCUUACUCUCCGACACUCUAGCGCAGCCUAAGGCAGCCACCAAGCCGCGAAUGUUCUGCCUGGAUAUCAGCAUAUAAAAUGGCUGACAUUAGCCAUGUAUUAGGAUCACACCGCACGUACAGUACCUUCGCAUUCCUCUAGCUUUUCUCUCGAUUCCACAGCUUAGGGUAUCACCCGUUACUGUAUCCGAUCGUCUCGGCGACUUGAUGAUGCAACGACAUGCUCAAGAAAAUGAGCCGCGGGGUGGGAGUGGGCCGAAGACGAAACGAAAGCCUGUCCGCCGUGACAUGGAAAAGAGACGACAGCAGAAUGUUAAAGCACAACGAAAGUACCGAGAAAAGCUACGUGCGCGGCUCAAUCGCCUUGAAGGACUUGCUGCAUCUGUCACGCAGAGCCAUGCUAUUGAGGCAGAAACCGUUACACACGCGGGUCCAUCUGAUGUCACAACAGAUAGCUCAUGCAGCUAUAGCACUUCGCCCAAUACAACUGGAAUGGUUCCGCUACCCUAUGCCGAUUCAGGUACAUCAGGUUCCAAUUCAUCUGUAGUGACUCCAGGAGAAUGUCAAUACCUUUUCCCACGGUUAGAGGAAGAUGGAGCGGCGCGGAGCAUACAUGAUUCAGAGGCGCAUGUUCCACAGCCAGAUAGCACCUCGACGGCAUUGGGCACGUGGGAUUCUACGAGCUUUAUAGGCCUCUCCUCGCUUCUCAUUAACCAUAAAUCCAAUGGCGCGCUGAAUCCAUACUGGACGACCACCAUUAAGUGCGGCUGCUCUGUCUCACACCUGCAGCUACGGACAAAAGGCGCUGGUCCAUUCAACUUUGAGGAAAUUAGGAUACUAAAAUUUAGGCCGGAUAUAGCCACACUAGAUCCAUAUGCUAGCAAUAUACGCAUCGAAAUAGUAUGCACUGUAUCUGCACUGUAUACUAUCGGAAUGCAUGUUGGCCUUACUGAGGAGAUGAUCUGUACCGACAACUCUCUCUCACCAUUCUUCUGGCCCAGCUCGGGUUUGGAUUCGGACGACGAUACAGCCAAAACGAACACGAUCUGUACAGUCCAAAGGGUAUUCAGCACCCUGAAACCGGAUCUGAGACCGAGCAUCGAACAAAUCACCGUCCAACAUCACCCGUACAUUGAUAUCCUACCCUUCCCAACACUACGGAACAAUCUCAUUACACACCAGGAAGAGAUUGACAAGGAUGAGUUUUUCCAUGACAUGCUUGCCGGAUUGGUGUGUUGGGGCAGUGGCGGUAUAGGGAAAAAGGAUCGACAGGUUUCUACUAAGCCUAUUUCGACAGGUACGCCAUGGGACGCUCGAAGUUGGGAAGCAAAGAUGUGGUUUUUGAAAAAAUACUGGCCUUUGCUGGGCGGUGAAGAUGGCGAACUCGUGCGGCAAAGCGAGUGGUGGCGUAGUAUCAGAGGAGACGCUCCAUCACAGAGUCACAGUUAAUGUCUAGAUUGCUGAAAAAACCGAAUUUAACACAGAAGAAAUAAUUAUUUAAUCAAUUAUCA